ACAAUCGGAAUGUGGAAUGGCCGACGCGUUUCGCAUUAUGUGCGAAUCUAUUGUGUUAUUAUACUAAUUGUUAGAUAAUAAUAUGCUAUAUUGUACUAACCAAAAUAGUUUUAAGUAACACAAUUUUUUGUGGAGACUAAAACGAUGUACUGUGCGAGUGAUAAAACUAUACCCGGAGUGUCAUCCUCACAGUCUUCGAAGAAUGUCAAAGAUGGCGUGACAAUGAGAGAAAAAAGGGGAGGCGCUAUGAGCAAAAUGCAAAAACUCAGAAAACGCUUGUCCCUGAGCUUCGGUAGAUUAUCAACAAAAGACGAGUCAGAAGUUGAAGGGGAGUGUCGAGGUCGACAAAACGGUGGCAGCGGCGCGCGCGGUAAACUACCCUAUAACGGAUAUUCGGAAGAGUGUCUCGAUCGACUAGAGCCCAACGGCAACAUACCUAAUGAUAAGGACUCCCAUUAUGAGUGGAGCGGCGGCGGCAACGGCGAGUAUCGUGUUCGGAGGCAGUUGUCAGUUUCGUCGGACUCAAAACUCCUAGACGAGGGGGCGAGGGAGGACGCGAGGGUCGUGAUGAGGCCCAAGCGACCGCCCAGGCCCAAGUCUGAGGCCUUUCUAGGCCCUCACGACCAUUCGAAUCGACGCACCAAGCGGUUUAGUGCCUUCGGGGGUGACUCUCCCUUCGGAAAAUCAGAGGCGUACAUUAAACUGGAGCAGCUUGGUGAAGGCUCCUACGCUACAGUAUAUAAGGGAUAUAGCAAUUUAACACAGCAAGUAGUGGCUUUAAAAGAGAUCAGACUGCAAGAAGAGGAGGGAGCGCCGUUCACGGCGAUACGAGAGGCGUCUCUGCUCAAAGAACUGAAGCACGCCAACAUCGUCACGUUACAUGACAUCGUUCACACGAGGGAGACGUUGACGUUCGUGUUUGAGUUUGUGGACACAGACUUAUCGCAAUACAUGGAAAUGCACCCUGGUGGUCUCAACCGGCAUAAUGUCAGACUGUUUAUGUUCCAAUUACUACGAGGACUCGCCUACUGCCACCGGAGAAGAGUUUUACACAGGGAUGUGAAGCCACAGAAUUUAUUAAUAAGCUCUCACGGUGAACUGAAGUUAGCUGACUUCGGUCUAGCGCGUGCGAAAUCUGUUCCUAGCCACACGUACUCACACGAAGUUGUCACGCUAUGGUACAGGCCGCCAGAUGUCCUGCUCGGAAGUACAGAGUAUUCAACGUCGUUGGAUAUGUGGGGUGUCGGCUGUAUAUUUGUGGAGAUGCUCUGCGGCGUACCGGCAUUUCCAGGAGUCAGAGACACCAACGACCAACUCGACAAAAUUUUUAAGGUGGUGGGCACGCCGACGGAGGACAGCUGGAGCGGCGUGUCGCGGCUGCCGGGGCUGCGCGCGCACGCGGGCCGCUGGGGCGCGUGCCCGGCGCGGCCGCUGGCCGCCGCCUUCCCGCGCCUGCGCGACGCCGGCCGCGACGCGCAGCGCCUGGCCGCCGCGCUGCUGCAGCCCGACCCCGCGCGCCGCGCGCCCGCGCCCGCCGCGCUCGCGCACGACUACUUCGCGCCGCUGCCGCCGCGCCUGCUGCGCCUGCCCGACGAGGUGUCGAUCUUUACGGUGGAGGGCGUGAGCCUUCACCCCGAGGAAUAAUCCCACCGCAGUAUCUACUCUUGUUCCUGUCCGAGCGGGACGUUAUUAGUUAGUACCUAUCAAUUCCUAUAGUUUUAAUCAACGGUCGGAACAUGGUUCACUCGUUUCGACGGACCAACGUUUCGUGAUAGUCCAAGAUCCCCUCUCCUAGUGUAAUUUCGAUGGGGUUAUAUCUUAGCCCGUGUCGAACUCUCUAUCCAUCCGUCGAUCGCUUCGGCUCUAAGCCGUAGUUCAAGGUGAGCGACAAACUUGAUAAAGCGACAAAACGCGACGAGAAACUGAAAUAUUGAUAAGUUAUAAUAUAUUCUGUAUUCAACACCAGAAAGAAAAAUUAUGAAACAAGAUAAAGUACAAAAGGCUGCUUUGUCGCAUAAAACGAUUUCUUCCAGGCAACCUUGGAUGAAAACUUCAAAAUAAAAAUUUUGUAGGUGUACUGAAACAAUAUUCAUUUUAUCUCCGGUAUCGUCUACAUUGGUAUCUUAAUUUGUUAACGACUUUCAGUAUAAGUUCGCUGGCCGUUCAUUUUUGUAGAAUUUUAAUUCUAGGUCAAAAGCAUAUCUUAAGUAAAAAUUUAAAAAGUUGUCAUACGAGGACGUGUAUUUUUUUGGUGUAUCGCUCAAGCAAGUCUGACUCACAUUCGGUCGACUGUUUACACUAUAAGACAACGUCGAAUGCGUCUCAUGGUUCUCUGUUGUCUAUUAUUAUCAUGAUUAAAAUAAACCAAUGUCGCAUCAGAACAUGUAGAACAUUCAGGGCCGGAUUUAGAGGUCUGGAGGACUUUGACAGAGGAGUAAAAGGGGGACAAAGGAGUAGAGCCCGCCUCUCAAAUUAUUUACUUAAUAAAAUGAACAAUUUUCUUCCAAGAGUUUUUUUUCAUAAUCGAUGAAUCGGUCCACUGCUGGACAUGGCCUCCACAAGUUCACGCCAAAAAUGUCGUGAACUCAUGUGUUUUGCCCAUAGUCACUACGCUGGGCAGGCGGGGUGGUAUUUAAGAACAAUAUAAUCAUGUUUAUACUAAGUACUAUAAGUGAAGGUAAAUCAGUGAAAAAAGUUUAAAAGGAAAAGUUUGUUAUAAACUCGGCAGAAUUAAAAAAAAAAAGAUUUUCUUUCUUUUGGUUAGGCC